AUGGCCAAACCCAAAGCUCCAUCGAUAGUCGUCUCGAUUUUGUUGUUCUGUUGCUGGAUAACGGUGUCAAACGCCGACACUCCAGUGUACCUCAACCCGAAUCAGCCCCUACACAAGAGAAUUGAGGAUCUUUUGAGAAGAAUGACGCUGGAAGAAAAAAUCGGACAGAUGACGCAAAUCGAUCGUUCUGUGGCAACACCCGAGGUUAUGAAUAAAUAUUUUAUAGGAAGUGUACUAAGUGGUGGAGGUAGUGUACCGGCCCCAAACGCGUCUGCUCGGGCAUGGAUCGACAUGGUUAAUGAUUUUCAGAAGGCUUCGUUGUCUACUCGCCUCAAGAUACCUUUUUUGUACGGUAUUGAUGCCGUUCAUGGACACAACAAUGUCUACAAUGCUACGAUUUUCCCCCAUAACAUUGGUCUCGGAGCAACUAGGCAAGUAUUUUCCAACCCUGAUCUGGUGAAAAGGAUAGGUGCAGCAACGGCUCUCGAAGUGAGAGCAACGGGCAUUCCUUAUGUUUUUGCGCCUUGCAUUGCGGUCUGUAGGGAUCCAAGAUGGGGUCGUUGUUUCGAAAGUUACAGCGAGGACCCAAAAGUUGUUCGAUCAAUGACUGAACUAAUAUUGGGAUUGCAAGGCGAAAUACCGGCAAAGUCGAAGGGAGUCCCUUUCCUAGCUGGACAGGAUAACGUAUUAGCCACGGCCAAACACUAUGUUGGGGAUGGUGGGACCAUAAAUGGCAUAAACGAGAACAAUACAGUUACCAGCAGGCACGAGUUGAUGAGCAUCCACAUGCCAGCCUACUUUAACUCAGUCAUCAACGGUGUAGGAAGUAUAAUGAUAUCCUAUUCGAGCUGGAAUGGUGUGAAGAUGCACGCCAAUCGUGAACUCAUAACAGGCUUCCUAAAGAAAACCAUGCGUUUCAGGGGAUUCGUCAUAUCAGACUGGCAGGGAAUAGACAGAAUAACUUCACCCCCGCAUAAGAACUAUACGUAUUCGAUAGUGACUGGCAUUAAUGCUGGAAUUGACAUGAUCAUGGUUCCAUACAAUUACACAGAGUUUAUCGAUGGCCUUACCUCAUUGGUGAAGAGACGCGUCAUCGACAUGAGCCGAAUAGAUGAUGCUGUGAGUAGGAUUCUGCGGGUCAAGUUCGUGAUGGGUCUAUUCGAAAACCCAUUGGCCAAUUACAGCAAGAUCAAGCACCUGGGAAGUCGGGAACACAGAGAACUAGCAAGGGAAGCUGUAAGAAAAUCACUCGUGCUGCUAAAGAACGGUAAAACUGUUAAGGAAACAUUGUUGCCUCUUCCUAAGAAGGCACCAAAGAUUCUUGUGGCCGGAACUCACGCUAACAAUAUCGGCAAUCAGUGUGGUGGCUGGACAAUCACAUGGCAGGGACUCUCCGGCGAUAUUACAGCCGGCACCACAAUCCUGAAAGCCAUCAACAACACAGUUGAUCCCAACACAGAAGUUGUUUACAGAGAGAACCCAGAUACAGAAUUUCUAAAAUCAAACGAAUUUCCGUUCGCCAUUGUCGUGGUAGGCGAGCCACCGUACGCCGAAACGUUUGGAGAUAGCCUAAAUCUGACACUUCCCGAAACCGGAAUUAAAAUUAUCAAGAAUGUUUGUACCCAUGUGAAGUGCGUCGUUGUUCUGAUAACAGGCCGUCCGGUCGUGAUGGAGCCAUAUCUACCGGAUAUCGAUGCCCUUGUGGCGGCUUGGCUGCCAGGGACGGAAGGCCAGGGUGUUGCGGAUGUGUUGUUCGGUGACUAUGAUUUUACGGGCAAAUUGCCUCGUACGUGGUUCAAGACUGUCGACCAGCUCCCGAUGAAUGUUGGCGAUAAGCGUUACGACCCGUUAUUCCCAUUUGGAUUUGGGCUCACCAUGAAGGGCAAAUGA